AUGGGUCGCGGUCGGGGGAUCCUGUGCUGGAGACGGGCGUCUGCGUCCCGCUUCUGGGUGCCCAGUGGCUCCCCCUUCGGUGUCAAGAGGCUUCUUUCCACCGAUGAGCUCGUACCUCGGAUAUGUAUCGUAGGCAGCGGUCCUGCUGGAUUUUACACGGCCCACCAUCUUCUGAAGCAUCACAGACAGGCUCAGGUGGACAUUUAUGAGAAGCUGCCAGUUCCCUUUGGCCUUGUUCGUUUUGGAGUAGCUCCAGACCAUCCAGAAGUCAAGAAUGUGAUCAACACGUUCACUCAGACAGCACGCUCUGAUCGCUGUUCCUAUUACGGGAAUGUGACCGUGGGGAAGGAUAUCACUGUGAAGGAACUGCAGAAGGCUUAUCAUGCGGUGAUCUUGAGCUAUGGGGCUGAGGACAAUCGGACCCUUGGAAUUCCAGGGGAGGAUCUCGCGGGAGUUUAUACAGCCAGAGCCUUUGUGGGUUGGUACAACGGCCUACCUGAAAAUAGAGAUCUGAAGCCGGACCUGAGCAGCGAGACAGCGGUGGUCCUCGGACAUGGGAACGUGGCUCUGGAUGUUGCAAGGAUUCUCUUGUCGCCUCUUGAAAUUCUUAGGAAAACGGAUAUCACUGAAGACUCACUGGCAGUCCUGGCCCGCAGCAAAGUGAGGCGGGUGUGCCUUGUAGGGAGGAGGGGUCCUCUCCAGGUGGCUUUCACCAUCAAGGAGCUGCGGGAGAUGAUCAACCUUCCUAGUGCCAGACCUUUCCUAGAUCCUGCAGACUUCAAAGGCCUUGGAGAUGCUAUCAAGGAUGUUCCCAGACCUAGGAGACGGCUGACUGAGCUGAUGGCCAAAACGGCCUUAGAGGAGCCUGGGGAAGAACUGGCCGGCCGUUGGGCUUCAGCCUCUCGAGAGUGGAGCCUGAAGUUCUUGCGCAGCCCGCUGGAAGUGUUGCCUGCCACUGACGGGAAGCGUGCCAGAGGGAUCCGAAUGGCUGUCACCAGGUUGGAAAGUUCAGGAGAAACGGUCAAGGCAGUUCCCACUGGAGAAGUCGAGGACCUGCUGUGUGGGCUGAUCCUCAGCAGCAUCGGUUACAGGAGCCUCCCAAUUGACCCGGCCGUACCCUUUGAAGCCAAGCAAGGGAUUAUUCCAAACAAUUUGGGCAGAGUCCUUGGCGCCCCAGGGCUCUACUGCAGUGGCUGGGUCAAGCGGGGGCCUGUGGGUGUCAUCCUCACCACCAUGAAUGACAGCUUUGACACUGCUCAGUCUGUGCUGGAGGACCUGGGGUCUGGCUCACUGGAUGUUUCGAAGGCCAAGGAAGGCUUUGAGUUGGUGAGAAUCAUGCUUCAGUCUCGAGGGAUCCAUCCCGUUUCCUUUUCGGAUUGGGAGAAGAUUGAUGUUGCCGAAGUGGCAAGAGGCAAGCUGGCUGGGAAGCCUCGAGAGAAGAUAGUGGAUCCGCGGGAGAUGCUCGAACUGACUGGUCGCUGAG